CAGAAGUUUUUGAACUCUAGCUAAACAAUUCAUAGGAUGCCUUUAAAUUUACUUUAACUCUGAAGCAUUCCGAGAAUAUAAGUGAACAAAAUGAAGCGUCACAAUGCCAAAGCUAUUGCGGCAGCUGUUGCCAUAGCUGCCGCCGCUGCCAAUCCGGAGACUAAGAAGAAAUCGGAGCCGAAACCAACAAUGAGUGCGGCCGCACUCUAUGUGGAUGUGGUCAAGAAUAUGGCCAAGGCGGAGACGCCACCGUCAGCCACAUCACCGCUGCCCAAGUUCACAAUAUUACACGAGGAUUUUCCUGCUUUGCCGGGCACCGUUGAGGAAACCACGCGUGUGAUCAAUGCAAAUGUGCCAGACGAUUGGACGGACAUGAUUAGUGAUAACGACGACCUCAAUGACGAUGAAGAUGAUGGAGAUGGAGAUGAUGACGAUGGCGAUAUUGAUGAUGAUGAUGACGCUGAAGAUAUUGAUGAUGAUGAGCAGUCGGCAUCGCCAUCGCCUUCCCUGGAUAGUGUUAGUGAGAAGCCCGAGUCCUUGCCCGACGCAAAUGAACCGGAGACGUCCAUCCCAGAUUUGCUGAUGCAGCUGCACAGCAGCAGCAGCAACAACAAGAGCUCAGAGAGUAGCGAACACGACGCGCCAGCUGUUGUUCAUGUGUCCGCAUCCACUGAUCACAGCAAUGCCAAUUCCAAUGGCAGCGAAUGGCAGCACUCGCCGAAGUGCAAACAUUUUCGUCCCAACUUCUGUGAGUGUGCCAACGAGAGCUUCUUCGAGCCGCAGUUCCUCAUCGCUGGCAUGCAGCAGCGUGCCUCGGAACGUCAGAAGUCGAGCGAAGUCAAGUCGCAGCUUGGACCACCGCCAGGAUUUGAGCGCCUCGUUUACUAUGGACGCUUGUGCACCAAUCGCAUGGGCAUGCCACUGGGUGGUGUGACCUUUGACAACGUAGCGCCACCAGCAGCAGCAGCAGCUAACAAUGCUCAGCUCUCGUCAGGGGAGGUCUUGAAAGAUGCCUUUGGCAUGGCUGGCUUGGCUAGGAAUUUGCAGGCUGUUCAACAGAAUCCACGGAUGGUGCAGCAGUUCUUUGGCCACAAGGUCGCUUGCCUCAAUCAUUGUUCGACGCACGAGGCAAACAAGUUGCAUGCCACUUUUGCCGGCGCCUUGAUGGGCGGCCGUUGUCCACCGCACGAGGUGCAAUACAAUGUUCCGCCUUACUAUUACCGCUCGAAUGUCAAGGCGCUGCCACAGCCCAAAAUGGAUCAGAUGGAGUCGGAGUUGCUCUUUUUUUUCUUCUACACGUAUCCGAAUGAUAUGUUGCAAAUGCUCGCUGCCGCCGAGUUGGCCGAUCGCGGUUGGCGUUAUCACAUCGAGGAACGUUUGUGGAUACGCCGUCAGCCGGAUAAUCCGCACUACGUGGCAUCGCGUUGUCAGGAGUCGGGUGAGUACAACUAUUUCAACAUGAUGCACUGGAAGAUAAUGCCACGUCACUUUGAGCUGCUGUCGGGGCAACUGGAGCAGACGAUCACCAAGGCUGAGCUCUAUGAACAAUACGGUUACCAUCCGCAGAUGAGCUUCUUCUGAUGCCGCAAGUGAAUUUGUUCCAAGUUAUCCCCAUUUUAUCAAACUGCAUCGACGUAUUGCAGUGAUCGUAACUGGUGUCUACAAUACGCACAUCAAUCAAUCAUGAAACGUUUAAAAUAUUUUUAAAACUUAUCAUCUUGCACCUUGCUGUA